CCAGUUCGUGCUGAGUCACUCCCUCUCUUUCUUUUUUAAGCAGAAAAUAUGACAGAUAUUCAGUUACCAAAAACAGACUUUGUUUUGCUUUCUAUACCAGAACCUCACAUACUGCUGGUUACUAUCAACAGAGAAAAACAGUACAACGCUCUGAAUGUCGCUGCUAAUUGGGAACUUCAUCACUUGUUCAACUGGGCAGAGGAGCAAGACUCUAUUUGGUGUAUAAUUAUCACAGGAAGUGGCUCAAAAGCGUUCUGUACGGGUAUGGAUCUUGUUAGCGCCCAUGAAUCAAAGAAGAAAGAUACCUCCAGUUUUGGUACUACUGAUCUUCCUCCUACUGGUUUUGGAGGUAUCAGCAAUCGUCGCAAUAGUCGAAAGCCAAUCAUUGCUGCCGUCAAUGGAUUUGCUCUGGGUGGAGGUAUGGAGAUGGUAGUUUCCUGUAACAUUGUUGUCGCAACCGAGAAAUCCAAGUUUGGACUACCAGAAGUCAAGCAAGGAGUUGUUAUUGCUGCUGGUGGGCUGGCACGAUUAGCGCGAUCAGUGAGUUACCAGGUUGCCUCUGAGCUCGUUCUGACAGGUCGUUUUAUGGAUGCCAAAGAGGCAAAUAAACAUGGACUUGUGAACGAAAUUGUUUCGAAUGAUACUAACGUAGUUGAUGUUGCUUUACAAUGGGCAAAGAAAAUCACAGCCAAUUCACCUGAUGCUGUAUUUUUAACAAAACAAGGCCUUUUAUUAAGUCUUGAGCGGGCCUCAGUGACAGAUGCAACAGAUGAGUGGCUGCAAACGCCAGAAGCAAAGGCAUGGAGAGAGGGCUAUAACUUGGGAGAAGGGUUAAAGGCCUUUUCAGAAAAAAGAAAGCCUCAAUGGAAAAUUCCGUCAAAGCUCUGAACAUAACAAUAAAUCAUUAAAAAUAGUAAACUUCUUCAUUUUUCUAGCAAAUGUGAGUGAAAGAAUAGCAAAAGCGACUAGACUGAACACUAUCCAAAAAAAAUAAAUCAAGUUAUCGUAGUCCUUUCCGGGUACUUUGACAUUCAU